AUGGAGUCCAAAUCAAACACUCUGUUUGUUCGUGGUGGAAACCACUCCUUGGAACAGAUUCCCCGUCCUACGCCUCAGCCUGGCCAAGUCCAAAUCAAGGUAUCGCACGUGGCUCAGAAUCCUACUGAUGUUCAAAGCUUCGAUCGGAAUGCCUUUGGAGAUGAGGCUGUUCUGGGGUGUGAUUUUGUUGGAAAAGUCACAGAGUUAGGUAGCGGAGUGACUCGACUCGCCAAAGGUGAUAGGAUUGCCGGUCUAAUCUGGGGAGGCGAAAUUUCUGGAUUGGGUGGCUACAGUGAAUAUACCGUCGCCGACCAGAAUAUCAGCUUUCGCGUGCCCUCCAAUACCCCAAGUGAUCAAGCUAGCACUGUUCCACUAGCUGCUACAACUGCAUGGUUGGCAUUAUUUUCCAAGGGUUGCCUAAACAUCGAUCGCUCUGAACAGACCAGUGUGCUAGUGUGGGGUGGUAGCUCAAGCGUGGGUCUAUAUACCAUUCAGUUGGCAUCUAUCUGUGGCCUCGACGUUAUUACAACCUGCAGCCCUCGAAACGCCGAUCUCGUCCGGUCAUGCGGAGCCAAACAUGUCUUUGACUAUCGUGACUCCGAGGUUAUCAAAAAGAUUAUCAGUGUCGCUCCAGAUCUGCAGUAUAUCUUUGAUACUAUCGGAGAUGAGACAUCCUCAGCUCUUGCCUCCCAAGUAUUUGGUCAGCGUAAUGGCAAUCUAUGCACUGUUCGCCCCGGCAAAGCAAAUACUGAAAAGGUCACCCCGAAUACUCAUGUCACGGAUGUUCUAGUGUGGACGGCAUUUCUGAAAGAUCACCGUUAUGCUCAUUUCCAUUGGCCGGCGUCAAAAGAAGACCAUACUCUUGCCAGUGAACUAUUUGACAAAUUGCCUUUAUGGCUGGAGCAAGGCGCAGUCAAGCCCAAUCAAACAAAGGUGCUUAAUGGCUUGGAAUCUGUUUCUCAAGGUUUCCAAGAGUAUCGUGAUGGUAUUAUCUCCGCCUAUAAGAUUGUCUAUGAAAUAUAA